AUGGCAGCAAGAGAAAGGGACAGAGAUGUGGAGCUUCUAUUACCAGUGGCAAACAUCAGAGAGACCAAACCACUAGCACCCCGCACCUCCACCUCCUCCGGUGGCUGCUCCGCCCCGUCAUACGUCCGGCAGAGAGAUGAAAGCUCAAGUGCCUUCAAGGAAGUUGCCAAUGUAAGACAUCCACACAUUGUGGAAUACACUUUGGAUUCAUCACUUCAAGAGUUGUUCUUCAGAAGACUUUGGAAGAAGAAGAACUCUGCUACAUCUAUACACCAACCAACCCACCUCUAUCUAGGGGAUGUACUUCUCAUGAACUUGAAGGGUGUAAUGUGGCCCAAUUUGUCUGUUCGAGAAGGAAUUGGUAUGAUUUUUCUGUUUGCAAAUAAUGCCAAUGGCAUCUUUUUCCCUUAA